AAUACUUCUUUUAAUCGGUAUGGGACAGCUAUUAAGUAUGUAGUAUUCUUUGCCUAGUUCCGUCUUCUUUACCGUCGGAGUAACAUGGGUAUUUCACGGGACCAUUGGCAUAAGCGGCGGGCAACCGGAGGCAAGCGGAAGCCGCUCCGGAAGAAGAGGAAGUUCGAGUUAGGUCGGCCUGCUGCUAACACAAAGCUUGGCCCUCGAAGAAUACAUACUGUGAGGACACGUGGUGGCAACAAAAAGUACCGUGCGCUGCGAUUGGACCAGGGAAACUUCUCAUGGGGCUCUGAAGGUGCGACUCGCAAGACACGUAUCAUAGAUGUGGUGUACAAUGCCUCUAACAAUGAGCUGGUGCGUACGAAGACACUUGUGAAGAAUGCCAUCGUGGUGAUUGAUGCCACCCCCUUCAGGCAGUGGUACGAAGCCCACUAUGCUCUGCCUCUCGGCCGCAAGAAGGGCACCAAGAUUCCUGAGGCAGAUGCCGAGGCCCUGAACAAGAAGCGCUCCAAGAAGGUGGAGAAGAAGUACAAGGCACGGCAGAAGCUGGGCAAGGUGGAGUCUGCGCUGGAGGAACAGUUCCAGGCCUCUCGGGUACUUGCAUGCAUUGCAAGUCGACCAGGCCAGUGCGGUCGUGCAGACGGCUACAUCCUGGAGGGGAAGGAGCUGGAGUUCUACAUGAGGAAAAUAAAAGCAAAGAAGGGCAAAUAAUUAUAAUAUGUAAAUAAAAAGGUUGAAAUCCAAGGUUA